CAUAAUUAAUCUGUGACAUUUUUAUCGCGCAUGCGUCGACAAACGUCAAAAAGCUUAGUCGAAACAAGCGUCAAAAUAACACGUGUUUGUAAAAACGUGCAAAUGUUAACAAAUGUUGUAUUAAUAAUUAAGUUUUUGUAAUAUUAAUUUAUUUAUUAAAUAAUGGCUAAUGCCGUUAGUGCUAGUGAAACGAUUGAUCUCGAUUCUAUUUUAAAACAGCUCGGCGCUUUUGGAAAAUAUAACAUUGUUAAUUAUGCUUUGUUAUUAUUCCCCAUUUUUUUGGCGGGAAUGUAUGGAUCUGUGUUUGUGUUCGAGGCUCCAGAUAUAAGUUACAGAUGCGAAAUCAGCCAAUGUGAAGGUACCAAUGAAAGUUUUUGGGUAGAACACGCGAUACCUAGAGAUAAAAACGAAUUAUCAAAAUGCAAGCAGUACCAAUUUAUUGGAAACUACAGUCAAAGUAAUAGAACGUGCAGUGAACCAGAUUUCAAUAAAGCUGUUAUAGAACAAUGUGAAAAAUAUGUAUAUAGUGAUGAAGAUUCAGCUGUGAAGGAUUUCAACCUCGGUUGUCAGAAUUGGAAGAGAACGUUAAUAGGUACAAUACACAACUCCGGUCUUUUCCUUUCCCUGCCAUUGACGGGGAUAAUUUCUGACAGAUACGGAAGAAAGGUCGCCCUAUCGAUAGCUUGUUUGAUGAAUGGCAUCUUUGGCUUCAUCAGAUCUUUCUCAACCAGUUACAUUAUGAUGCUUAUCUUCGAAUUUCUUGAAGCGGGUUUAGGAGCAGGGGCUUAUAGUACAGCGUUUGUAUUAGCGAUGGAACUUGUUGGACCGAAGGGAAGAGUAUUUGGUAAUACUCUAAUAAACGCUGUUUACGUUCUUGGUUUAAUGUCCCUAUCUGGUCUAUCCUGGUGGUUGCAAGACUGGAGACUGCAAAUCCGUGUAAUUUACGCUCCAGCUUUUCUGGGAUUCACAUAUUUAUGGAUUUUAAAUGAAAGUGUUAGAUGGUUAUUAAGUAAAGGUCGGCAAAACGAAGCUGUAGAUAUACUAAAGAAAGCAAUGAAAAUGAACAAAGUUGAUUUAUCCGAUGAUGUUUUAUUACCACUAUCAGAAUUAGGGAAUGCAGAAGAUACAAAGAGUAAAGAAGUAACGCCAAAGGAAGAAGAAAAAUCGUCUUUCAGUCGUGCGUUAAAAUCUAAUAUUAUUAGAAAAAGAGUGUUAGUGUGUUCGUUUUUAUGGAUUACCUGUACGUUUGUGUAUUAUGGUUUAUCAAUAAAUUCAGUGUCUUUAGCCGGUAAUAAGUAUUUAAACUUUAUGUUAGUCGCAUUCGUUGAGAUUCCUGCGAACUUUGCGUGUUUGCUUGUGUUGGACAGAUUUGGUAGGAAACGGACUUUGAUUACUACUUAUGUGUUGAGUGCCUGCCUCUGCAUCAGUCUUUCUUUAAUUCCUAAAGAUCAGAAAUGGUUGCCUCUCAUUAUCUACUUGUCUGGGAAGUUCUCCAUCACGAUAGCGUACAGCUCCGUGUACAUCUACGUGUCAGAAGUGUUUCCAACUAACGUGCGGCAAUCGUUACUGGCGGUUUGCUCCGCGUUGGGUCGCGUCGGCUCCACGUUGGCACCUCUCACACCUCUACUGGCGUUGUACUAUGACAAUCUGCCAGCGAUAUUCUUCGGCAGUAUGACUCUAGUGGCCAGUGCGCUUGUUUUCACUCUGCCAGAGACAAUCAACGUGCCUCUGCCUGACACCGUUGAAGAGGCAGAGAAAUUAUCAAGAAGAAAAGACGUAAAAGAUAACGCGUAAUCAUUCCACAAAAAAACACUCAAUGUAAUAAAUCCAAAGAAUACAUAAUUGUAUUAUUUUUUAAAUCUUU